UUUUUUAAAAAAAAAUUUCCCAAAAUGUUGUGUUUUUUUUCAACUUUCUUCCCUCUUCACCAAUUCUUCUCCUUUAUCUCAUCCUCUCAGCUAAUUAUUACUUUCUUUAUGUGUUCUUGAUUGAUGGAACUCGAUUUUCUCUCAGUACAUAUGCGUAAUCCACCGUUUAUUAGAGGCGUUUUUUCAAGUUUUUAUCAUAUGCCUAGAAUUCGUUUGAUAAUAUGUCCCAAUGAACCUCAACUUAGUAAAGUUCCAUUCUUUACAUCUAUCCAUAGCUGUUUCUCAUGUACUGCUGUAGUACAAGUAGUAGAAACCCCAACAGUUGAAAAAGAAACAAUCUUUCAAGAUUCUGAUGGGGGUAGGAGGUUGAGUACUAAACAGUUGAAAUAUGGUGCUAAGAAGAGGUUUGUUGAAAAAAAAACAAUCUUUCAAGAUUCUGAGGGGUAUAGGAGGUUGAGUGCUAAAGAGUUGAAAUAUGGUGUUGAGAAGGGGUUAGCUGAAAAGGGCGAUGGUGGGUUUUUGAUUAAGGAGAAGAAAAGGGGGAUUAAAUGGUAUUCUGAAAUGUUUAAAGAUUAUGCUGGUAAGUUAUGUUUGAAGGAAGGUAAAGCUUUACAUGGUGAAAUGAUAAGGAGUGGGGUUGAACCUGAUUCACAUUUAUGGGUUUCUUUGAUUAAUUUCUAUUCGAAAUGUGGGGAUUUAGUUUUCGCGGAGAAUGUGUUUGAUUUAAUUCCAAGCAGAGAUGUUGUGUCGUGGACAGCGUUGAUAGCAGGGUUUAUAGCUCAAGGUUAUGGAAGUAAAGGGAUUUGUUUAUUUUGUGAUAUGAAGGGAGAAGAUAUUAGGCCUAAUGAGUUCACUUUGGCAACAGUUUUAAAGGGUUGUUCAAUGUGUUUAGAUUUGGAGUUUGGGAAACAACUACAUGCUGUAGUUGUUAAAGGUGCAGCCUUUUCAGAUGUUUAUGUUGGUUCUGCUCUUGUUGAUUUGUAUGCUAAAUGUUGUGAAUUAGAAUCGGCUGUUAAAGUUUUCUUUUCCAUGCCGGAGCAGAAUUCAGUAUCGUGGAAUGUUUUACUUAAUGGGUAUGUGCAGGCUGGUCAAGGAGAGGAGGCUCUAAAAUUGUUUUUGAAGAUGUCGGAUUCAGAGACGAGGUUUAGUAAUUAUACCCUAUCUACCAUUUUAAAGGGUUGUGCGAAUUCAGUUAACCUGAAAGCUGGUCAAGUUAUCCACUCAAUGUUGGUCAAAAUUGGGUCUGAAAUCGAUGAUUUUACAAGCUGUAGUCUUCUAGAUAUGUAUAACAAAUGUGGUCUUCAAGAUGAUGCCCUGAAAGUGUUUUUAAGGACCAAAAAUCAUGACAUUGUGGCAUGGACUGCAAUGAUCAGCGGACUCGAUCAGCAAGGACAGAAGAGAGAAGCUAUUCAUCUUUUUUGCUUGAUGAUGCAUUCAGGUUUGAGGCCUAAUCAAUUUACACUGGCUAGUGUUGUUAGUGCAGCGGCUGAUUCGGUGGAUAUAAGGUGUUGCAAAAGUAUUCAUGCUUGUGUUUACAAAUUUGGUUUUGACUCAGAAGAGUGUGUCAGUAAUGCAUUGAUUGCAAUGUACAUGAAAUUUGGUUCAGUUUUGGAUGGGCAUCAUAUAUUUUCUUCUUUGAGUAAUAGGGAUAUAAUUUCGUGGAACUCACUUUUGUCUGGAUUCCACGAUAAUGAAACUUCUUAUGAAGGGCCUAAAAUCUUCAGGCAGUUGCUUGUUGAAGGUUUGAAGCCAAAUAUUUACACGCUCAUCAGCAAUUUGAGAUCUUGUGCAAGCCUCUUAGAUGCCAGUCUAGGGAAACAAGUGCAUGCCCAUGUAGUUAAAGCUGACCUUGGUGGCAAUAUAUAUGUAGGAACUGCUCUGGUUGAUAUGUAUGCCAAGUGUGGGCAGUUGGAUGAUGCAGAAUUGAUCUUUUAUAGAUUGAGUGAAAAAGACGUCUUCACUUGGACAGUGGUCAUUUCAGGUUAUGCGCAGUCUGAUCAAGGAGAAAAGGCUUUCCGAUGCUUCAAUCAGAUGCAAAGGGAAGCUAUUAAACCCAAUGAGUUCACUCUUGCUAGCUGUCUAAAAGGUUGUUCACGUAUAGCCAGCCUAGACAAUGGGCGGCAGUUGCAUUCCGUGGUAAUGAAGUCUGGGCAAUUCAGUGAUAUGUAUGUAGCUAGUGCGUUGAUUGACAUGUAUGCAAAAUCUGGAUGUAUCAAAGAUGCCGAGUCUCUGUUUCAGAGCAUGGAAUCUAGUGAUACAGUGUUGUGGAACACAAUUAUAUAUGCCUACUCCCAACAUGGACUAGAUGAAGAAGCACUGAAAACAUUUAGAACCAUGUUAAGUGAAGGUAUUCCGCCUGAUGGGAUUACGUUUAUUGCUGUCCUCUCUGCAUGCAGCCAUCUGGGCCUGGUCAAAGAAGGAAGAAGGCAUUUUGACUCGAUAAAAAAUGGCUUUGGUAUCACUCCUUCAAUAGAACAUUAUGCUUGUAUGGUUGAUAUCCUUGGGCGUGCAGGCAAAUUUACUGAAAUGGAACACUUCAUUGAGGGUAUGGCGCUUGCUCCUGAUGCCUUGAUAUGGGAGACUGUUCUUGGAGUCUGCAAGGCUCAUGGCAAUGUGGAAUUGGCUGAGAAAGCUGCAAACACACUUUUCGAAAUUGAUCCAAAAGCAGAGUCAAGUUAUAUAUUGUUGUCCAAUAUAUAUGCAUCAAAGGGUAGAUGGGCUGAUGUUUCGACGGUUAGAGCACUAAUGUCCAGGCAGGGUGUCAAAAAGGAACCUGGUUGUAGCUGGAUUGAGAUUGAUAAUCAAGUUCAUGUCUUCUUAUCUCAGGAUGCUUCACAUCCUAGGUUAAAGGAUAUCCAUAAAAAGUUGGAGGAGCUGACUUCGAGAAUUACUGCCGCAGGAUAUAUUCCAAACACAAACUAUGUGCUUCAUAAUGUCUCUGACAAAGAAAAGAUAGACAACCUUUCACAUCAUAGUGAAAGGCUAGCUCUUGCAUUUGCUCUCAUGAGCAGCAGUAGGAACAGCACUAUCAGGAUCUUUAAAAAUCUUUGCAUCUGUGGAGAUUGCCAUGAAUUUAUGAAGCUGGCGUCAAUUGUUACAAACCGAGAAAUAGUUAUUCGUGAUAUUAACCGCUUCCACCAUUUCUUUCACGGAACAUGCUCAUGUAAGGACUAUUGGUGAUUAUUGACUGGCUGACCUAGUCAGGCAAGACUAUUCAUGUUCCGCAGCUGCUACAAGUCAAUAGUGCUCAACUGAAGUUCUAAAUGCAAGUCAUGACAUGUCAAUAUGAAUAUAUUAUUGACCUCGACAGGUUAUGAGUUAAUCACCAAGCUACAGUGAAGUAAGCAUUUAAUUGUGAGAAUUUUCUUUUUCUUUUGUUCUUAUAUAAUAUGUAGUUUCUCAUACUCCUUUUUUGAGCUGAUGGUCUAUCGGAAACAGCCUCCCUACCCCACAAAGGUAGGGGUCAAGUCUGCAUAAACCCCACUCGUGGCAUUAUAAAAGGAAUAAUAGCUGGAUUGAUAAGUUACCUGAAGGAAGGUCAAUCGAUUUGUGAGCACUGAAACUAGGUGUGUCAAAGCUCAGAUAAACUUACUGGAGAAGGUGAAGAAACUGCUCAAGUAAAUCAUAGGAGGUUCAAAGUUCCGUAUCACACAGGAUCUACUCAGACUGCAGUAGAGCCUCUGGGAAAGAAGAGCAAGAGCAUAAGGAUAUGCUGACGUGCCUCGCAAAGUAAGUUCGUUGUGCUUGAUGGUAGUCAGAUAAUAGGCAAGAUGGAAGAAAUAUCACCUCAAAUGUAACUCUGACGGGAUCUUAUCAACCAAAUAACUUCUAACAAGCUGGGAAACGAGGGAUAAAAUUCCAACAGGAAUUGGAAAAUGUAGUUUUGAAAAAACGAUACAAUUGGUUAACUCCGCCUAGGGACUGUAUUGAAGCUUCAAGGAUGGUUGAACCAUUGUGUUAUUAGGUGCCAAACCAGUAGCCCUGCUGUUGCACCUCACAAGAAGGCCAAGAGAGAGUCCCUCUUGCUUAUCCCCAUUUGUCUCGUUUGAAAUCCUAACGUCUUCUUUAAGCAUGGUGAGUAACCAUGGUUUAAAUAGUACUUGUUUGAGUUUAUCAUGUUCUCUUAAAUGAGUAAACAUCAGUUUAACUUGAUGCAGCUGUGUUUGCUAAAAAUGUUGUAAAUCUCAGAUGUUGGCAAAAGGCAAUUGCAACGCAGCAGUGUAUAACUAUUGAGUUUUUAACACAUAUAGCAAAGUUUUGUCCUUUUUCUUGUUGA